AGUCAUUGGUGCCAUGGGUUACAAAGCCGCCAUCGUUCUGGGAUUGCUCCCUAAGCUGCUCUCGGCCAGUAUUGUCUGCAGCUUCUCCAUGGCAGCUAGCGAAGGUGCUACUUGCGAGUCUUUCGCGACAUCCUGGGGCCAGACCGUUGAAAAGUUUCAAGCACUGAACCCCGGUGUAUCAUGCCCAACUCUGAUUGCUGGUCAGAGCUACUGUAUUGUUGGCACUGUCACGGAGGACCCAAAGACCACGAUCACAACGACUUCCACGACGCUGAAGACCACAACGGCGACAACCACGACCUCCUCUUCCGAGUAUGAGCCAACUCAGCCUGGUGUGCCUUCUAACUGCGACAAGUUCCAUCUCGUUACAUCCGGUGACCAAUGUGAUACCAUUGCAGCCGAGUAUGGUAUCUCGGAAGCUCAGUUCAAGGCCUGGAAUCCCAACAUUGAGAGCAACUGCUCCAAUCUCUGGCUGGACUACUACGUCUGCGUGCACGUCCCGGGCGCCACGACAACAACAAGCUCAUUGCCAGAACCGACGUCCACGGGGCCCCAGCCGCAGAUGCCGGGGAUCGUGAGUAACUGUCAGACCUUUUAUAAGGUCAAAUCCGGGGAUGACUGUUACUCGAUUGAGACAGCAACGGGUAUCACGCUUGAUCAGUUCCGCUCGUGGAAUACACAGAUUGAUGCGAGCUGUUCUAACUUGUGGGUGGACUACUAUGUGUGCACAGGUGUUUAG